AUGGUUCGCCUUGCCCGAGUCGCGCUACUUCUUGUCCCGCUACUUGGGACUUUUUCCCAUGCAAUUCAGACAGAAAGAAAAGAGAGGGGACUUACACUAAUGCCACCCCCUCCACAGGCCGAGGACUAUCCCGAAAGCUGCACCAAUCCCUGCGACGGCUUAAUCCCAGACAGAAACAUCACCAACCAAGAGCCCUUUCACUGCGACUACUGCAUCUGCAAAAACAAAUUGCUAGGAUGGUCCAAUAUCCAGAUACCUGCCAACUUCACCACCAUGUUCGACGGUUGGCAAGCGCUGGGCGGCCAAUGUCCUAAAGAUUGGCUCUGCACCUGGGCAAACUGGGCCACUUAUCAGUUCGACUCCACCAACAACAAAUUGGUCUAUGCUCCCAACAACGGCUUCAAUGGCUGUCCUCAGACCGUGACUCUGCCCGUUGGCACCUUGGUGGACCGCUUUGGCACGGAAAAUGGCAGUUAUCUCGCCCCGGAGGGCACUCCGUACGCAGAGCGAUCUAUCGGGCCAGGCAGUCUGAACAAGUAUAAUAAAAGUACCGAGUUCAACUACUGGAAGUACAUUGUGAGGCAGCCGUUUCAGGCGCAGGCUGGGUCGAUUCUGCCGUGGGCCAGCCAGCCUGGGGGUGGCCAGCAGUAUUAUGUGAAAGGGGGGUUGGCCCCGUUGCGGGAUGCCGGUAAGCUUGAGUUGAUCGCGGCAGAGACUUAUGAGGUUGAUGAGGCUUGGGAAGCUGCUCAGGCGUUGGAUGGAGAUUAUCCGCCUGAGGACGAGUAG